AUGGCGUUGUGCUGUUGAUGAAUCUGAGAGAUUAUAUUGCGAUUUAAAGGAUAUGGUGGAUUUGGUGAAGGGAGGAAGUAAAUAGCUGACGAUUUAUUGGCUAUACAUCUUUUUGAAUGGUGAAUUUGGUUGGAAUCGAAGCUGCAGCCUAAGCUAAGUUAUUGUUAUCCUUUAGAGAUUAGGGGUGAGGUCUGUAAAGCUGAAUUUGAUCAUGGAUCAUGUCAUUGGUGGGAAGUUUAAGCUCGGGCGUAAGAUCGGGAGUGGAUCUUUUGGCGAGCUUUACCUAGGGGUUAACAUACAAAGUGGAGAGGAAGUGGCCAUCAAGCUGGAGUCUGUGAAGACCAAGCAUCCUCAGCUUCACUAUGAAUCCAAAUUGUAUAUGCUUCUACAAGGGGGAACUGGAAUUCCCCACCUGAAGUGGUUUGGAGUUGAGGGCGAGUACAAUGUCAUGGUUAUUGACCUUCUUGGGCCAAGCCUAGAAGACUUGUUCAACUAUUGUAAUCGGAAGUUUACAUUGAAAACUGUGCUGAUGCUUGCUGAUCAAUUAAUUAAUAGGGUUGAGUAUAUGCACUCAAGGGGUUUCCUUCACCGAGAUAUAAAGCCUGACAACUUUUUAAUGGGUUUAGGGCGCAGAGCAAAUCAGGUAUAUAUUAUUGAUUAUGGCCUUGCCAAAAAGUAUAGGGAUCUUCAAACUCACAAGCACAUACCGUACAGGGAAAACAAGAAUCUCACUGGAACUGCUCGCUACGCAAGUGUCAACACUCAUCUUGGAGUUGAACAAAGCAGGAGAGAUGAUCUGGAGUCCCUUGGUUACGUGCUUAUGUAUUUCCUAAGGGGAAGCCUUCCCUGGCAGGGGUUGAAAGCCGGGACUAAAAAGCAGAAGUACGAUAAGAUCAGUGAGAAGAAGAUGCUAACGCCAAUGGAGGUGCUUUGUAAAUCAUAUCCUUCAGAGUUUAUAUCAUAUUUCCACUAUUGCCGAUCCUUGCGAUUUGAUGAUAAACCAGAUUAUUCAUAUCUGAAGAGACUUUUCCGUGACCUGUUUAUCCGAGAAGGCUAUCAGUUUGAUUAUGUGUUUGACUGGACUAUACUGAAGUAUCCUCAGAUUGGUGCCAAUACUAGAUUACGGCAGCCCAGUGGGAAAACAGGCCCUAUUGCUGGAUCAUCUGCAGAAAGACCAGAGAGGGCUUCAGUGGGACACGACAUUCGAGAUAGAUUCUCAGGCGCAGUUGAAGCAUUUGCUAGAAGAAACAGUUCAGUUUCAGGUUUACAUGGUGAUCCCUCCAAGCACAAGAAUUCUGAGGAUAUACCAUCCUCCAAGGAUGUUCAACCUGAUUCCGAAAGAGGCCGCACUUCCUCCUCUCGGAAUGGGAGCACUUCAAAAAGGGCUGUUAUCUCAGGCAGCCGACCGAACUCAUCUGGUGAGCCCAGUGAGAAUCGAUCAAGCCGGCAGGUCUCAGGCAGUGGACGCCUUUCCACGACCCAAAGAAUCCAACCAGGGUUCGAGUCCAAGUCGUCAUCCCUUGCACGUGGUGCGGCUACAAGAGGUUCCCGUGACGACACUUUUCGAAGCUUUGAGCUGCUCUCAAUUGGGACGGAGAAGAGGAAGUAAAGGAGAUCCGAAUGGUAAGAAGAGAUUACUCACUGUCAAGGGGAAACUCCCUUGCUGAUGUUUCUAUUUGAGUGCAGAGCAUUUUAUUAACUUUCAUUUGUAUAUGCAAAAGAAAUUGGUUCUCGAGUUUUCUUCACAGCUGAAGCUCAAUGAAGUUCCUUUUUAAGAACAAUUUUCAGUUACCUGUGUUUCAGAGGCUCACGUCAUAGUAUUAUGUUGUAGACUCAUCCAAGAAAGAGAAAAUUCUCAAAGUUCUUGCCUUAGGGAAUUGUUAAUAUAUGUGAGACUUGGGAGUUGUGAUAAAUACAA